AUUGUUUUGAGUUGUCUACCUUUGGUCACAAUCCAUCUUACUUCCUUGUGUACACAACAUUAUUAUGAAUAGAUUUUGAUUAGUUUGAGUUGUAUCCAAAUAGAUUUAUCACAAUGGCUGAGGGAGAUGACAAGACGGACAAAAAGAAAAACAGUUUUUCGUCUACGCUUCGAAAUUUGGCCGACAUGGGUUUAAGUGGCGAAAUGGCCGAUCUUGAAGUGAUUGUGGAAGGCAAAUCUUUUCCAUGUCAUAGGUUAAUUCUAUCAGCAGUUUCUCCACAUUUUCGAGCAAUGUUUAAUUCAGGAAUGGUCGAGGCUCAGAAGGGUCGAUUAGAGUUACCUGACAUAACUAAGGAAGUUUUUGAGAUCAUGCGAACAUUUAUUUAUACUGGAAAUGUUGAAGUGGAUAAAAUCACAGAGGACAACAUCGUUGAUCUUCUCCAAGCAUCUGCGCUUUAUGAAUUACAAGAUAUGCAAGACGAGUGUGAAAAAGUUCUUGGAAAAGAAAUAGGCAAUGAUAAUUGUUUACCUUUAUUUAAAAUGUCACGAAUGUACAAUUGUAAGUUAUUAUUUGACAAGUGUAGACCUUUUAUUAUGGAAGGUUUUAAUGGUUUGUGGAAAGCUGAUGAAUUUACUACCCUUCACAUAGAAGAUCUUGAAAGUAUUGUCCGUGAUGACGAAUUAGUCCCAGUUGAUGAGGAACAAAUUUGUGAAGCUAUUCUUAUGUGGAUAAAAAAGAAUCCAGAGGAAAGAAAGAAAGAAAUAGGUCGAUUAUUUCGACAUGUUCGUUUUAUCAAUAUAAGUCCGGAGUAUUUAAUCAAAGAGUUAUAUAGCGAAGAUCUUUUAACGAAUGACCCCGAGUGCAAAAGAUUUCUGGAUGAGGCUCGAGAUUUUCAUUUGCUUCCGGCAAGACAGCACGAGUAUACAACCGAAAGAUUUCACCUUCGAGACAGUGACGAUUACGAGGAGGUGAUUUUGAUUUUAACAGAAUUCGACAUGGAACGUUCUGGGUCAUUUUAUCAAGAUGGGAAAUGUUUAUGGGCUUUUAGCUUACAACAGAGCCGAUGGUUCACAUUAUCACCCGUUCCGCACCCACUAAACCCAGGAGUGAAUGUUGGUAUGGUAUCGUAUAGAACAGAUGUAUUCAUUACAGGUGGUAAUGAAACGAAAACCUCGAAGAACAUUAUCAGAUACGAUUCCGAAAAGAACGAGUUUACGCCAAUUCCAGAGGCAGUGUUGAAAAAGGGCCGAUUUAGCCAUAUGAUGGUUGCGGUCCGCGAAUCUUUAUUUGUCAUGGGGGGUAAAAUCGAAAAGGUAAGGAAGGAUGGCACAUAUCAAGUUGUUCCGACUAUUGAAGAGCUACCAGUUCAUGGAAAAAGGUGGCGGGUAAUUGGGGAACUAAAAACAGCCGUACAUUCCGCAAGCACAGUUGUUGUUGGUGAAAAGGUUUUUGUUUUUGGUGGAAUACUAGAAGACGGAUCUUUCCAUAAUCGUGUGCAAGUUUUCAAUGUCCGUCUUCGUGAAACUGAAAAUGUUUGUGACAUUGACAAAAGUAUGACUCAACCUUUUAAAGUCAUCCACUUUAACGGAAAGGUUGUUAUAUUCACGGCUAAAGGGGAAAUGCACGAUUUUGAUCCUAUUGAAAUGAAAUUUAAAAUGAUGAAACAGAUUAAAUCGACGUAUCUGCCAAUUGCAGCUGUUUCACAUUAUAGGGGAUGCAUAAUACUUCUAACCGGGAAACCCGACAACCCAAAUUGUUAUAAUAAAAUGUUCAGGAUGGACGUUAGUGUAAACCCAUUUAGAAUGGAUAUCAUCACGCCUAAAUCAAGCAUCAAGCCAAAGCCAAUUCAUUCAUGUCAGAGGGGAAGGGUUAACAAGCAAUUCAUGUACCAUACCUAUUUUCAAUAAGCGGGAAAGUGUAUUUGUGUGUGAAACGGUGAUUUUUUUUGUAUAGACAGAAAAUUAAUUUUAGUAAAAGAUUGUUUAUAAUAUAUUGUUUUUCACAGCAGUUAAACUGUAACUAUUAAAAUUUGUAAAUACAAGUGUUUUUGAAGUAAAGCUUUGAUAUUUUUAA